UAAAAAAAAAAAAAAAAGGAGAAGAAGAAGAAGAAAUCAAAUAGUUUUACAAAAACUCGAGCUCUUUUCAAAUCUCUCUCUUUCUAGAAAUAAUCUUGAAAAUGGGAGUACAGGAAUCCGACCCGCUUUCCCAACUCAGCUUGCCACCGGGUUUCCGGUUUUACCCGACUGAUGAAGAGCUUCUUGUUCAAUACCUCUGCAGGAAGGUUGCAGGGCACCAUUUCUCUUUACAGAUCAUUGGAGAUAUUGAUCUCUACAAAUUCGACCCAUGGGUUUUACCCAGUAAGGCCAUAUUUGGAGAAAAAGAAUGGUAUUUCUUCAGUCCAAGAGAUAGGAAAUACCCAAAUGGGUCGCGCCCGAACCGGGUUGCCGGGUCCGGGUAUUGGAAGGCCACCGGAACGGACAAAAUCAUAACGACGGAGGGUCGAAGGGUUGGGAUCAAGAAAGCUCUGGUUUUCUAUGUCGGUAAAGCCCCUAAAGGAACAAAGACCAAUUGGAUAAUGCACGAAUAUAGGCUCUCUGAAUCUCCAAGGAAAGCUGGAAGCUCAAGGUUGGACGAUUGGGUACUAUGUCGAAUCUACAAAAAGAAUUCAAGCGGCCAAAAACCCAUAUCUGGAAUCCCAACCAAAGAAUUCAGCCACGGCUCCUCGUCCUCGUCUUCGUCCCAAUUCGAAGACAUGUUAGAGUCGUUUCCCGAAAUCCACGACCGUUCUUUCGCCCUGCCUCGCAUGAGCUCGCUGAAAACCUUACAAAUCGACGAGAAAGUCAACAUUCAGAGGCUGAAUUCAGGCAAUUUCGACUGGGCCAGCUUCGCCGGAGUCGCCUCGUUGCCGGAGCUAGUUCCCGCCGGUCAGAGUAUCAACAACAACAACAACAACAACAUGAGGUACAAUGACAUGUAUACCCUUGGCGCCCAGCCGACUGGGAAGUUCGGUAAUUCUGUAGAUGAGGAGGUUCAGAGUGGGGUCAGGAACCAGCGAGUCGAGAACUCGGGAUUGUUUCAGCAGAACUCGAACGGGUUCGCUCAGGGUUUCGGUAACUCUGUUGACCCGUUCGGUAUUCGGUACCCGACCCAGCAAGGAGGAUUUGGGUUUCGGCAGUGAAGAAAAUGCAAGAAAAGAAGAAAUUGUGGGGAGUUUGUGUAAAUAGAUGGAAUUCUUUGGGCCUACCAUUUUGACUUCAGAUUUGCCAAAAAGAAAA